UGACAGCGACGGUAGACGCUGGCGGGCUGUGUGAGGACCUCAUACCCAACUGUCGCAGCUAUGGACAGCAGACUUGUGUAGACUACGCGGACUGGUCCAAGAUUAAUUGUCCUUACACCUGCGGGUUCUGCACAGGUAGCCCUCCACAACGAGAAUGCAAGGACCUGGUGGACAACUGUCAAGAUUACGUGCCAGAAAUGUGUACUGACAGCUCCUACAGAAUCUGGGCGGAGGACAACUGCCCUGCCUACUGCGAUUUUUGCGGUACAACGAAUACUGUUGCCCCCACUGGAAGUUCACAGUCACCAGCGACGCCAUCUGCGUCCAUCUGCGAAGAUUUAAUCAACUUUUGUUCUGUGUACUCACAACUGGCCUGCAGCGAUACCACCUGGGCUAAUACUUACUGCAGUAAAUACUGUAAUCGAUGCUAG